AUCUGCUGGGUGGCGAAGUGACGUCAUCUGGGAAGCCGUGGGUUUCGAGCCAGGGAUCAGCCUGCUGUUACUCAUGUAGUGAUCUCACAAGUUGUCCCACUUUCGACACCGUUUUUUUCCCCAUUAACUUUUACUACAGCAGUCGUCGUAAGUUUCUACGUUACUUACAGCCAGAAACAUCUCGACUACACCAUGUCUUUCGUCCCAGGACAGCCGGUGACUGCUGUUGUGCAACGAAUUGAGAUCCAAAAGUUGCGACAGGGAGAUAAUCUAAUCCUGGGCUUCAGCAUCGGAGGAGGGAUAGACCAGGACCCCGGUCAGAACCCCUUCUCUGAGGACAAGACUGACAAAGGCAUCUAUGUGACCAGGAUAACACCAGGAGGACCAGCAGACGUUGCAGGCUUGAGGAUGGGAGACAAAAUAAUGCAGGUAAACGGUUGGGACAUGACCAUGGUGACCCACGACCAAGCCCGUAAAAGAUUGACAAAGAAGAACGAGGAUGUGGUGCGAUUACUGGUAACCAGGAAGUCACUGGAGGACGCUGUCAGAACCUCUAUGGGCAGUCACCCCAGGCAGUAGCAUAGCAGCACCACCUAUAACCACAGACUAAUGCAAUAUAGCCAAGGACCCUCGUGUACUGAGACUCACACAAAUUCAGAUGACGGUUACCUUGUGGCCUUUUUAUAACUAUGUCAAUGCGAACAAAUCACACAGACCACAUCAGAUCUCCCACUGUUAAGGUGACACAUCCAGAUGUUUGAGUCUGCACAAAUCAUCAACGAGAGGGUGCUUUUUCUUUCUAUACACACUUAAACUCAUCUCAAUCUUAUCUGCUUGACUUUUAUGCAUCUUUGAAGCAUUUCCAUGGGUAAUUAGUGAGAUAAAUUAACGGGAAUAAAUGAGGCACCAUUUGAAAUAUAGAGCAAAUUUUUCAACCCCACAGGGCUUAAAUCCAUUUUAAUCUGAAUAUGCUCUACACUUGCAGCAGUUUUUCACAUGGAGACUGUUCCAAAACUCACAUAAUCAAUUUUGGAAAACGUCAACAUUUUUGUUUAUUUUAAAAUGUUGCUGAAUGAAAAGUAUAUUUUAGAAGUGGGGUGACAAAGGAGGAAUUUUUUUUUGCUGUAAUAUGAAUGAUUAUUACAAUAAUAACAGUGUGCUUGGUUUGGUUUGUUUUUUUUUAACAACAGCAAACUUAAGUGAGUUUUGGAAAACAUUUCAUCAAAUGGUCUAUGUGUCAAUUUAAAAUUUGAGUAUAGCAAAUCAUUCUUGACCCAUUUUCAUUUAGAGAGAUACAGUAUUUGCCACCCGACCUCAAUCCAUGCUUGAUAGCAGUUAUUUGGGAGCAAUAGGAGUCUUUCUUGAUCCUUUUCUGCCAACAGUUGACCAAAGAUGGACUAAAUGCAUCAAGGAAGUUGGCCGCUGUUUGUAUUCAUUGUAUCUGUAAUGAAUACAACAUUUCAUCUCAUAUAAAUAAAAGAACCAACGUUUCGCUGUCAUUCCUGUGAAGAUUACAGCAUCAAAUGCCAAAGUAAAAAGCCGAAGCACUGUGAAGUGAUCAACACAUAUAAAGCAGUGCUUGUAAUCAUUUUCUUUCUUUUUUUUUUCUAUAGUGGUACAGUGAAAUGUACAAAGUCUGUCCAACAAACAUAAUACCAGUAUACACAGUUUUUUAUUGCGUACUAAUAUCUUUUCACUAAUUAUCUUCUCAUUAAUGCAUCUUUCUGUUCUUUUUAUCUCAUUUUUUUUGUUGAUGUCUAUUACAUGUGUGGGAAAGUAACAUCAUCUGUCCUUCUGUGUCUGUUCAAGUAAAAACACAAUUGAAAUGUUUGCAGCAUUUUACCCUAAUUAUCUCCCAUACAAACAAUAUUCCUCAUGCUGGACCUACUAAUAGAUCACACUCGUUCAUCUGAUCUCUGUCGUUUUCAAUAUAUUCACCCCUAAGUAUCACCCUUUUUACAGGAAGAGAAAGUUUGGAGCUUUUGGUUCCUUAACCAUUUGCUGUUUUUGAUACAAAUUAAACAAAUCUGCUAGUUUCACACUGGAAUCAGCUACUUUCAGUUUGUGUCGAGCUGUAAAAUAUUGUUUAUUGUCUCUGAACAUGGUGAAAGAAAAGUCCCAGUCGAAUGUCUGUAAGUCUGAACCGAGCACGAGUGAAUGUUGUUUGAAAACUUGGGGUGUGUGCAGCUGCCUUAAAUGAACACUAAAUACCACUACGUUUAAUGAUACCAAUAUCUUUCAAUCUUCCAUUCAACCAUUCCUGUAUGGUCUCUGCAACCCAACAAUGAUUUACUGCCUCUUGUACAAUAUUUUCUACAUUACAUUGCUGAUGACUGAUUUUAGUACUAAUCAUAAACAAUAUUUUGGUUUUUAAAUGUUACAGUACUGAAACUAGUAUUACAAUAGUAAUCUUACAUGUUUUGGGUGAUCAUAUUGGCUUUUUUUGUUAUGUUAACGGUAUAUAAAAUAAUGUCUUUUGUAUGUGUUUAAGAGAACAAUUGAUGUUUAUUCCAAAAUGAAAUCACUGCUUAAGAAAACAGGUUUCUACUUUAUCAUUGUUGUUGCUGAUAAAGUAAAGUAAUGCAAUAGGGAGACGGCAUUAUACUGAUACAACAAGAAGUGAAUGUUUAAGGUACAGUCUUGUCUAAUAGAUGGCUCAAAAUGUAUUCAAAAUAUUAAAGUUGUGGAGUCAGUUGAACACUUAAACAACAUUUUGGAAUGAAACCUUUAAUACUUUACAGCACUGGUUCCCAACCUUUUUUGGCUUGUGAGUUCUUGAAAUGAAGCCACAUCUCCUGUUGAUCCUUCACCUAGAUUAUGGCUUUAAUGCUGACAUGACUUACGAGCAGUUCAAAGAUUUUUUUUCCACUCAAAUGAUUUAUCUAUUUCGCAAGAAAGAAAAAACACAGCAUUUAAAAAAAGCAGGAAUUUGUAAGGUUUCUUUCUCUUCCCCUUCAUCCUCUUUUGACCCCUAAGAUUCAUCAUAGCAGGCGUCCGGACCACCAGGUUGGGAACCACUGCUGCAGAAUUUCAACACAGUGGUACAUUUAGAAAUUAUGUAAUGAUGUAAUAUAAGACAAAUCACUUCCAGUGUUUUCUAUUUGAAUUAUUGCCUGCCCGCCUCCAGACUUUUGUACAUGUAAACUGCCAGCAGAGCACAAACGUUUUGCAUUUGAUUGUACACAGUUUACUAUCUGAAUGUUUCUCAUAUAUAAAAACACUCAAACUGAAA